AUGGAGCAGUUUAGUCAGAGCGAAUUGGCGAAACAUCACGAUGUCGGGGACCUCUGGGUCUCGAUCUGUGGGAAAGUUUACAACAUAUCUGGCUACGUGGACGAUCAUCCCGGGGGCGUUGAGGUUUUGAAAGAUGUCGCAGGUUCCGAUGGUACCGAGAGUUUCGAGUAUGUCGGCCACUCUGAGGAUGCCUACAAGACAUUGCAAAGGUUCCAGAUUGGUGUCUUGGAAGACCACGUGGGUUUCUUCUUUGCCUCCCAAAGAAUGCCGAUCGCUAACCAUACUUUUCCAAAAGCCCAUCAACGAAGGGUCAGAUGGUUUGGCCAAGGCAUGGGAUGCUCAUCGGCCCAAGUUCAAUAA